AUGAAGUACAUUCAAACUGACCAGUCUUUGGACAUUCCAGAAGGCGUUACCGUUAACAUCAAAGCCAGAAUUGUCACUGUUACUGGACCAAGAGGUACCUUGGAAAAAAACUUGAAGCACAUUGAUGUUACUUUCAAUAAAGUUUCUAACAAGCAGAUCACCAUUACGGUUCACAACGGUGACAGAAAGCAUGUUGCUGCUUUGAGGACUGUGAAGUCGUUGAUCUCCAAUAUGAUUACUGGUGUGACCAAGGGUUUCAAGUACAAGAUGAGAUAUGUUUACGCGCAUUUUCCUAUCAAUGUGAAUAUUGUUGAGAAAGAUGGUGCCAAGUUCAUUGAGAUCAGAAACUACUUGGGUGACAAAAAGGUUAGACUUGUGCCAGUCAGAGAGGGUGUUUCUAUUGAGUUUUCUACCAACCAAAAGGACGAAAUCGUUUUAUCCGGUAACUCUAUCGAGAACGUCUCUCAGAACGCUGCUGACAUCCAGCAAAUCUGUCGUGCUAGAAACAAGGAUAUCAGAAAGUUCUUGGAUGGUAUCUACGUCUCCGAAAAGGGUGUUCUUAGCGACGAUGCUUAG